CGCUGAUCUCACAGUGCCAAGCUCAAGACAGAGUGUGAUCUCCCAGUGAAUUGUUCCCAGCUGGAGAAGACUACGCUGGAGUCGGGAGCAGAAGGAGGGACUGGAAGAGAGAGCGAAGGGAAACCAGGUUCGGCAUAAACGCAUGAUCGCAGUGCAAAUGAUCAGGAUGGAGAAGACACGGUUGCCAAGCCGCACUAUGGUGGCGGAGUGCGGGUAGCGUGCGCUGCUCUCUGACACAGCCAAAGCCGGAGGACACGCACAAACGGCUCUUCGGUUUUCCUUAUUGACGCACGGAGCCGGAUUUUCGCUCAUGUGGACCAUCUAAAUAAAAACAAGGACACGUAGUUAAUUGGCAUUUAAAAAAACUUUGCAGAGUGCAUCGCACGAUAAAAAACGACUGUGUCGUAAAAAAUUAACAAAUUUUCUGCUUCGGCAAGGGACGUUUGUUCUCUUUUUAAUAAUUUUUGCACGUCGGAGUUGUGGAACUGUCAGAAUGGUGUCGAGAAUAGACACCCACGAUUUUUCGUACAGGGACAUUUGACAACACGUUGGAAUUACAUUAUUGCAUUACAUUAUUGAAAAAAAAUUAAAGCCUAACGUUUAUUCCCAGUCUUUACUACCUGUCAUCUCAAACUGAGGAAAGGGAAUUUUUCAACUUUCAACUAAGAAGGAAUGUCUGGGACAAUACUUGGGAAUACGAAAUUAGACAGGAGUCUAUAUUUUACAUAUCACAGUUGCAAGUACUUUUGUUUGACUGCGCUCAAAAGUUAGUUUCAUUUGGCGCUCAAGGAAUAAGGACUGAUACGUUAAUUGUCGAAAACGGACACAACAAGGGAUAUAUUUGUUUUUCGAAGCGUACAGACUGCUGGUGGACCUUCGCUGUUUAUAUUUUUGUGUUUCGCCGCAACAUUUUAUGAGAAGUUGUAUGUGCUUUAAAAAAUAUUUAGCUUCUUGGAAACUGAAAAUGUGAACUUCGGGGUGAGUUUUUCUUUAAGCUUCAAAUGACAUUUUCGCAAAUACUAUAGUGGAGUGGUAUUUUCAUUAUCGUCGAAUCAUUUGGUGCCCCGUUAUUUAUAUUCUGUAUUUUUAUACAGCAUUGAUAGUUUAAAAAUCCUCUCCGCUUUUACCUUUUUUCAUUUUUUUGAAGAAACUGAGGGAGAGACAGAGAAGGAAAGGAGAAUUUACCCGAGACAGCCGUGCAGCCUGGCGAGCUUGCUGUCAUGCGGGAUUGAUCGCGGGGAAGUAUGUUUGGGCUGGAGCAGUUUGGUUCACAGAUUAAUAGCAGAAACUCUGGCCCAGGAGAGAGAAACUUAAACCAGUCGAGACUGAAUAUGAGCUCUCAUUACAAGAGCCCAGGUUUUCACGGUGGAGGGCCACCAGGAGCAGUGGAGCCAGGAAUGGGCCCCCUGAAUGAGCCCUCGAUGCUGGGGCUCAAUAUGAACAUGAAUGGGGAGCAGUAUGGCUUCCACCCGCGGGGACACUCAGACAUGCAUGCAGGGGGGCUUCAGCAGCAGCAGCAGCAGCCCCCCAUGCAUGGGUUUUUCGGCAACCAGCAACCUCAUCACGGCCAUCCUCACGGACACCACCCUCACCCCCAUCAGCACCAUCCGCACUUUGGAGGCACUUUUGGGGGCCCGGACCCUGGAGCGUCAUGCUUGCACGGAGGCAGGCUGAUGGGCUACAACAGUAGCUCCAUGGGGCCCCAGCAGGGCUUUGCGGAGGGUUUUGAUCCCCUAGCUGAGGGUCAGGGAGGGGAGGGCUUCACGCAGCAGCAGCCGCAGCAGCGGUCUGGUAACAUGCCGGACUUUCAGCACCACGGCCCCCCCAGCAGCAGCCACGCAGUGCCUGCCCCCUGUCUACCGCUGGACCAGUCGCCGAACCGAGCAGCCUCGUUCCACGGCCUCCCCUCGUCCUCCUCUGAAACCCACGGCCUGGAGCCUCGCAGGAUGCCCCCGCAAGGCAGCGUGGAGGGGUUAGAUUACAGUUACCCCAGCGAACCCCCGUCGGGGCACUUUGACGUGCCUGUGUUCUCGCCCUCCGAGUCGGAGUCCCAGCUUCCCCAGUACGGGGCAGGAAGGCAGGUAGCUGGCGGCAACUUCCCCGGCAAUCCUACCAUGCCCCGAGCGCCGGGAAUGCAGGGCAUCCCCAAAGGGCACCAGCAACAGCAGCCGCCGCCGCAGCACGGCGUCUUCUUUGAGAGGUUUGGGAACGGGCGGAAGAUGUCCGUGGGAAUGGAGCCGGGGGUUGGCGCCAGGCACCCUCUCAUGCAGCAGCAGCAGCAGCAGCAGCAGCAGGCGGGCUUGCUGGCCAGACAGAACUCCUGCCCUCCGGCCCUUCCUCGGCCCCCCCAGUCCGAGUCCGGUUCCACCAACCCGGGGAUGCAGGACGGAGGCGUCAUGAUGCCUGGCCCGCACAACCAGUUUGAGUACCCCAUCCACAGACUGGAGAACAGGAAUCUGCAUCCCUAUGGGGACCCCAUGUUUAGUAUGCAACAGCAACCUCCCCCACACCCUCCCCAGCAGCCCCCCAAUCAGAGACUGCAACACUUUGAUGCUCCCUAUUUGAAUGUGGCAAAAAGGCCGAGGUUUGAUUUCCCCAACAGCCACAGUGGGGAGAACUGUGGCAACUGGAACAGCAGCUUGCACAACCCGCCAGGUGUGGAGAACCACCUCUCCCCCUCCGCCUACCCCGGCCUUCCUGGGGAUUUCACCCCUCCUGUCACGGAUGGUUUCCCACCUGGCCCCCCGCUGCAGCAUACUGGUCCCGAGCCACAGUCGAUACAGCAACGCCAAAAUGCGGCUCUGAUGAUCAAGCAAAUGGCCUCGCGGAAUCAGCAGCAGAGAAUGAGACAGCCUAACCUGCAGCAGUUGGGCCACCAUGGGGACGUCACUCAAAGCGGCAUGCUGCACGGGGGCCAAGUGGGAAAUAUGCCUCAGCCAAACUUUGAGCGGGAAAAUGGGGGACGCAUGGCGAACUUUGAGGCUCAGAACCCCCACAUGAACCAGGAGAACACCUGGUUUCCGGGGCCUCACCAGUCGGGGGAGAUGCUGUCACGCAGAAUGGGCAACUCCAGCGUGGGCGGGGAGGCCGGCCCCCAUGACAUGGGUCUGCAGCAGAACGGCUCAAACAUGAUGUUCAGGCCAGGCGUCAGCGGGAUGGGCAUGCAGGAGCCCAUGAGAAUGCCAGGAGAUGGACACGUACAGGCUUUGCACUCCCCUGGCAUGCACUCGCAGUUCGGGAACAACAUGGGCAAUUUGGCACAGAUGCAGUCUCCGGGUGCGGGAGUAGGGCAUCCGAAUGCACCCUCAGACAGGAGGCCGGCAGACUUUGCCGCGCCCCCUAUGGGGGCUCAACCCUCUUUCCCUUACGGAGGGGCAAGUCGACAGGGGGCGCCACACAACAACCCCUCAGGGGUGAACACCUCACCGGGCAGCUACCCUCCUCAGUCCGAGUUCCCCCAAGGACAGCGCUCAUCAGUCAGUAAGCUGGGGGCCCUCUCCCUGGGGAACUUCAGUAAAACAAGUGCGAAAGACAAUGUGUUUGGUCAGAGCUGCUUGGCUGCCCUGUCCACAGCCUGCCAGAAUAUGAUCGCCAGCCUGGGGGCCCCAAACCUCAAUGUAACUUUUAACAAGAAGAGCCAAAAUGAGGGCAAGAGAAAACUGAGUCAAACUGAGCAGGACAUAAAUAGCAGCGCUGCGAGUGGGACUGGCAGUACUGGGCCCGAGUAUUUCCAGAGCAGUGCUUCUCAGAACAGCCAGAUGCCUGGCGCUGGGAAUAGUAACAGUAAGCCUGCAGGUCAAAGCCAGACUGUGCAGGGGGAAGCCAGCGCCCUCUCCCCAAACUACAACAUGGACGCUACCCCGGGGGGCGAGGGGAAAGCGGCAACAGGGAGCGGGAGAGGGAGGGGGAGGAGAAAAAGGGACAGCGGGCAUGUGAGCCCGGGAAUUUUUUUUUCCUCUGACAGCGGCAACCCUGUUGUGAGUCCGGGCCCGCAGGGGCCCCCUUCGAAUAUUGGGGAGAGGGGUGGGGGUACGCCCCAUGAGAAGCCCCUGACGUCCCCCUCCUGGGGCAAGGGGGGUGACCUGCUGCCAGGGGAUCAGCCCGAUCUCAUGUCGUCCCUGGACAGCGGGAUACAGAGUGUCACCAAGUCCGACAGCAGCUCCCCUCAAGUAGACUUCUCGGACGACGUCGGCACCCUGUACGGCAACGAAGACGAGGUGUCCUCUAGCUCAGACAACAACACCAGCGGGGCCGGCUCCAAGCCCAGCCGCAGUCCACUGGUCACCGGCUCGCCCAAGCUGCAGAGGGUGGACCACGGCAUGAUGAAUGGCCAGAAGUCACUGGGCAUGGGCAUUGUGAACCACUCUACCUCUACGCCUGACAGCUACGGGCUGAGCAGCAGCAGUGGCGGCGCCAGCGGAGGGGCCCACCCUGGCACACCUGGGAUGGAACAGGUACGCACGCCCUCCAGCACCUCGGGCCAGGAUGAGAUCCAUCCGCUGGAGAUCCUGCAGGCCCAGAUCCAGCUGCAGAGACAGCAGUUCAGCAUCUCCGAGGACCAGCCCCUGGCCAUGAAGAAUGGCAAGAAGGCUGACUGUCCUGGGCAGAACGGAGACAACGAGCUGGUGAGCUGCAGCCCAGACGCAGGGAAGAGCUCCAUGAGCACUAUUGACCUUGACACUCUUAUGGCGGAGCAGCACGCCACGUGGUAUGUGCCCAACGACAAGCCCCUGAUGGAGGGGCCAGAGGACGACAAGGCCGUGGCACCCUGGGAAAAGACAAAGGGCCAAAGUAACAGCAAAGAAGGUGUGGAGCUGUCCCAAAGUAAGGGCGGGGCGGCAGCCCCGGGCGCUGGCGGGAACCACCUGCAGUGCCUGUCGGUCCACUGCACGGACGAGCUGGGCGACAGCAAGGCCCGUGGGGGACCCGUUUCUUCCUGGCGCUCACUGCACUCAGACAUCUCCAACCGCUUCGGCACCUUUGUGGCGGCCCUCACCUGACUGGGCGGCACCGUGCCCCCCGCCGGAGACCCGGAGCCUGGGAA